AUGUCGUCCGAAGACCAGCAAUACCUACAGAACGAUUAUCAGCGGCACUGGGAAAUGUUCCAGAACCGAGUGACACCAGAAAGUAGCCGGCAGAGUUUCCCGACCGAGCAGCAGGCAAGUAAUUUUGUUACAUCGAUAGCAGCGCGUGUGCCACCACCGCCGCCCCCGACAACAACCUUUUGCAGCAAAACGAAUGGCACCGAGCAGAAGAAAACUUUCGAACAGGUGUACAAAGAUGUGGUGGAAAAAAAGUUAAGCACCCAGGCUGUGAGAAGUCCAUCGCGCCUAAAGGUAGGAGCCGCCGCCAUGGUAGAACCGGCUCCAUCCACCUCCAGGAAACAGGAAGAGUACAUUACAACAGUGUACAAUAUUACACCACGUGAACUUCCAUCGACGUCCCGGAAAGCUACAGCACCCAGCUUGAUAAAACUCAACCCGGCAGCUCUCACGGAUGCACCAAAACAUUCACUUUUGGUUCCUCUUGUAUCCACAAGCGCUUCGAAACUUGAAGGAAUAUCGUACCAAAAGACACACGCCAAUGUUUACGCGAAACAUUUGCUGGAUAUUACUAAAAGUAACUUACACAAGAUAGAAAUGAGCUCAUCGGCCACAGCAUCGAAUAGUACGACUCCACGAAUUGUACACGGUCCUGACCAACCAGCAGCGACCAAUCGUACACCGGUACAUCCCUCCUUAUCUACGGUGAAGACAUUAUUUACAACGCAUAGUGAUUUUCAACGGAAACAACAGGAAAUCUAUCGUCUGCUACAGCUCCAUCAAGAUCAGCGAAGAACACCGAAUCCGACGGUGAAAACAUUUGCCCAGAAUGGUGAACCGAUCUUGGUGUCCAAACAUCGUACAAACGUAAUGCUUACUAUACUAAAGCCGAAUGUAACGUCCCCAGCGCCGGCACAUGUGUAUAGGGCGCCGGAUAUUACUCCACCACCGGCCCACAGACACCACCAGGCCCAAUAUAACGGGCAAGAACGGGCAAACGAUGGGCGGCAAUUGCUGAACAUGGUACAAGUUGCUGCAAAAUCUUCUACCGAACCGCCACCAGCGCAUAGAGCAGUAACGGAGCCAUCGAAAACCGCGUUUGCCCCAACGCCAAGCAGCACGGCAAGUAUUAUUCCCAAACCGCCGGUACACCACGGACAAAGCCAAGAUGAAGCACUAAACUUAGACACGAAACACGAAACUGGUACCUGCAACAGUUUUAUUGCUGUAAAGGAGUCCACUCCCUCUCACCCGACUGUCUGUAGCAGUGCGCCAUUACCAAUGCAGCCAACGGCCGUCAAGAUUUCACACAAGAAAGAAGGUCGCAACGCGAACGUAGUACCCGAUGUCGCUGCAAAUAUGCCAUCGGCUUCAGCUAUUUGGGAACAAAUACAGGCGUACAACCUACAAAAAUUACUGCAAAGUGUGCAGGCGCGCCAAAUGUUGGAACCAAACAAGGUUCCACCCAAACAAACUGAAACAGAUCAACAGCAUAGCCAGCAGCAGCAGCAGCAACAGCAUCUGCAGCAGCAGCAGCAUCUGCAGCAGCAGCAGCAUCUGCAGGAGCCUACAGUGAAGUCAGAAAAGCUUACUGCACCUAGCAUUAUCCCAACGCCACCAAUGACCUCCACCAUGGUGAAGAUGGAGUACGAAAAAAUGUUUUUUCAAACCAUACAAGCGAUGAAGCGGAAGAACGCAUCGCAGGAACUAGAUCCAACCAAGAAGCGUCGUUCCUAUCCGAAGAAAAAACUCCCACCGGAAGCGUUCUUGCAGAAUGGCCCGUGCUACAAGGUGGCCUCUCGGUUACCGCGCUGCCGCGAGUGUGGACGUUCCGCUUCCGCGCGUUACCGGAAUGCCAUUUUCUGUCGCUUUAUCGCAUUCCGGAAGCUGAAGUACAACGAUCUUGGCCAGCUGGAAGUUUCCGGAUUUGCCGAUCCAUUUCUCGAUGCGAAAGAUACGGACACCGGACUGUGGAGCUCCAAUUUGCAGAAGGUGCCCGCCGACCUAUCGGUGGAAAAGUCUAAAUUCCUACUCGGCCAAGUGGGGUACAAAUUUUGCGAACUUUUUCACCAAGAGAAGGAAGCAUACUUUGAGCAUAUGGCGGAUGAUAAAACAAUUGCUUGGAAGCAGGCGGUAUAUGGCGUGCGAGAAAUGUGCGACGUUUGCCAGACGACACUGUUCAAUCAUCAUUGGGUUUGUACCACGUGCGGGUUCGUUGUGUGCAUUGACUGUUACAAGUGUCGCAAAAACGGAAUAAUUACUGUGGAAUCAACAACCAAAGAUAAGGACCCGAACGGUUGGUUGCUGUGCAGCGCCACGAAAGAACCGCACGACCAAAAGCUCCUCAUGCUGACGCAAAUUAUUCCCAGCAAGUGUCUGUACAAGCUGGUCCGGCAGAUGCACGGUAUCUGCGCGUUGCUCGAAAUUCCGCUCAACUGCGAGUGUCCGCUAAGCAAGGAGCAUCUGUUUAGGAAAAUUAAGGACAAGUUUGAAUUUAUCUAUCCGAUCACGCCUGAUGGUGGGAAUGGUGCAGGUUUGGAACCAUCGGUCGGAAACGACGUAUCGGUUACUAUAAAGCAUAUCGAGCAAAUGGGAUUAUUCGCUGGUAGCCCGGCUAGUAGCGAUCCGGUUGAGUAUCGGAUCGUGUUUGCGCAACAGUUACGCGACGGCAAGGAACAGCAAAAGAACGAUGAAUGGAAUGCAGUGGAUAAUGAAACAACUAAGGAAAAACAAAGCUACAGCUUUGAUGGGUUCGUUAGAGAGAUUCAUACCGACGGAGAUCAUUUCGAUGAACGAAUGUACAAAAUUCCUACCGUUUCUCCACCGGUGGUAGAGAUGAAACAAGAAAUGGAGGAUAAGGAAGAGAUUAUACAAGAGUCAGCAGCAGUAGCAAACGAGGAUGUAUUGGCCGUCGAUAAGCAAGCGGAUGAAAAUGUGUUGCAGCCCAUUGUGCAACACGAUGCAGACGUUAGCAAGGAUUGCAUCAGCUUCGCAACCAACGGAUCUGAAAAGGAAGAUAAAUCGAUUCAACCCUCCGAUGCUGUCUUGACAAACGGAGAUAAAGCAGGUAAUGAAGACGAGCCCAAAACAUUUGAACCCCUAGACAAUGAAUCGGUACCGACUGCUGGAAACGGUACCGGUGAGGAUACAAAAGUAAAACAACCUGUACGGAAACAGAAACUAAAAGAGACGCUAUCAUCGGUUCCAGUUCCAUACAGUGAAGAAGAACGAUACACACCGUCUCCUACGGUAGAUCAACAAACGUUUGCCAUGAUCAUCAAGCAGAUGGUAAAAUCGGACAAAAGUAUCUUCGAACGUUUGCAUCCGCACAUGGUAAGCAGACCGGACCAGCUGAACGAUUUCGCCGAAUGUAUGAGCAUCGAGCGUGAACGUGUGCAACAGUUUGUGCGGGAUUUCUUGGAGGAAUUUAUUUACCUCCGUGGGCAGCACAGCAAUGACGAUCUGACGAAUGAACGGUUAAUUGUGGAUUAUAAUCGUAGCAUGAAGGAUGGGCUACAGUACCGGAAUAAGGCCGAACGUAAAAUGAACCUAAUCUGCUCGAAACCCCUGUACACGGACGUUGCCCACGAGUGGCUCUGCAAUGGGAAGCUGUUACGGUUGCUUAAUCCGCUGGAUGUGCACAACUAUCGCAUUUUCCACGAGCAGUGGGAACGUGGCCAGCCGGUCAUGGUGUCGGCGGUAUCGAGCAAGAUGGAUAUGGACCUGUGGAUGCCGGCAUCGUUUGGACGCGAUUUUGGCGAAGACGUGAACGAUCUGAUCAACUGCUUCAACGGUAAGAUUGUACGCGGACACCAGAUGAAGGUGUUUUGGGAUGGGUUCGAGGAGAUUGGCGAGCGGUUGGUGGACGAGCGCGAACGACCGAUGAUGCUGAAGCUGAAAGAUUGGCCACCGGGCGAUGAUUUCGCUGAAAUGAUGCCGACCAGGUUUUACGAUCUCAUGAAAUCGCUCCCGCUGGCCGAGUAUACGCGUCGCGAAGGUCGGCUUAAUCUAACGAGCCGGUUGAGCAGCUUUUUCGUGCGACCCGAUCUCGGCCCCAAGAUGUAUAGUGCGUACGGGUCGGCGUUACAUCCCACCAAGGGUACCACCAAUCUGCAUCUAGACAUUUCCGACGCGGUCAACGUGAUGGUGUACGUGGGCAUCCCGAAGGACGCACCGAGACGUGGGUACAACGAGAAGAUCGUGGAACUGGUCGAUUCGGAGGAUUGUGAUUACUUGACGAGGCAGCGUAUAAGGGAGCGGAAAGAGUUGCCGGGUGCGCUGUGGCACAUCUAUCAUGCGCAGGACGCGGACAAGAUUCGGGCAUUGCUGAACAAAAUAGAGCUGGAGCGGGGUGGUACGAUCAAACCGAACCACGAUCCGAUACACGACCAGAAGUGGUACCUCGAUCGGAACAUGCGCAAACGAUUGCAGCAGGAGUAUCAGGUGGAAGGAUACGCGAUCGUGCAGUGCUCCGGCGAUGCCAUAUUUAUACCGGCCGGGGCACCGCACCAGGUACGCAAUCUACACAACUGCAUCAAGGUGGCGGAAGAUUUCGUGUCGCCCGAAAACAUUUCCCACUGCUUGAAGCUGACGAACGAGUUCCGCCAUCUGAGCCGGACGCACUCGAACCACGAAGAUAAGCUGCAGAUUAAGAACAUCAUUUACCACACGGUAAAGGAUGCGGUAUCGUGCAUAACAAAUCCACUAAUUAUGAUGACCUGCCCCGAACGUACGGAAGGAUAA